GUAGUGCUUUAUCCUCCACUGUCCACUUCAAUUAACAUAAUGACAACUUAUGCAAUCCUGUCACCACAUUGCAGAAGUAUGGAAGCCUCAGACACCUGGCUCCAGCCUCCAAUUCCCAGCCUCGGAAGUGGGGUUUGCAGUCGGCGGAGACAACAUUGACCAGAGCGGGGAUACUGGAGAUUCCAGUGACCAGAGUGGGGAGGCUGGAGAUUCCAGUGGCUGAAGCGGGGAUGUUGGAGAUGCCAGUGACCAGAGUGGGGAGGCUGGAGAUUCCAGUGACCGGAGCGGGGAUGCUGGAGAUGCCAGUGACCGGAGCGGGGAUGCUGGAGAUGCCAGUGGCCGGACCGGAGAUAGUGGAGAUUCCAGUGGCCGGAGCGGGGAUGUUGGAGAUGCCAGUGACCGGAGCGGGGAUGUUGGAGAUGCCAGUGACCGGAGCGGGGAUACUGGAGAUGCCAGUGACCGGAGCGGGGAUACUGGAGAUUCCAAUGGCCGGAGCAGGGAUGUUGGAGAUGCCAGUGACCGGAGCGGGGAUGUUGGAGAUGCCAGUGACCGGAGCGGGGAUACUGGAGAUGCCAGUGACCGGAGCGGGGAUACUGGAGAUUCCAAUGGCCGGAGCGGGGAUGUUGGAGAUGCCAGUGACCGGAGUGGGGAUGUUGGAGAUUCCAGUGACCGGAGCGAGGAGGCUGGAGAUGCCAGUGACUGGAGCGUGUUGCUGGGAUCAGAGCGAUAAUGCUGGUGACCUGCAGCCCAGUGUAGAGUGGGCUAAUGGCCCAGCACAGAGUCUGGUGGCAGCCAGCAGUCAGACCAUGUGGAAGCCCCUGCACUGGGCUGCUGCAGAGUGCCUUUGGAGAGCGACUGUGAUGUUUGUCUUAUUAACUUUGUGUCUUGCUUUUUCUGACCUAUGGUCACACUGCGUACAGCUGUAA